AUGGUCCUGCUCAAUGGCCCUCAGCCCAUCGAGGGCCGAUAUGUGACGAAUUGGUCCUCCGUGCCGUCGGAGCCUGUGGCCACCUUCGUGGACCCACCCGUCGGUCUUACGGCGGAGCUGAGUUGCGACUGUGACGUGGUGCCAGCCACGGUCUCCUUGUCCUGGAAGUCCUCCAACUUUGAGUCGCUACGGCAGUCAGCUGCUGGAUCUCCCGUAGACAUGGACACUGCCUUUGCGUCGUGGCCGGGGCUGAUGCCCAUCAAGAUUCAAGUUCGAUGGCGUGUGGUUCGCUGCCUGUCCAGUGUCGGAGAGGCCUUGCCAAAGAGCCUUGCCUCUGGCAACUACACCGUCUCUGCUGCCAUCGACAAUUUGGUCAAAGACGCUGACUUCAGGAUCGAGGAUGAUACCUGGCACUACACUUACAAGGAGGCACUCCACGGGGUCAUAUGCGUCUUCUCGGUCCGUGUGGGCACAGCCUUCAAGUGGUCUCCAUGGUCGGAGGACAGCCCUGCCCUGGUGGUGGAAGUGCAUGAGCCGUCUCCCCCAGGUGUGGCCAGAUCGCCCCAGACUGCAGAAUUGGACGAGGACUUGGAGGCCUUGGCACGAAGCCGAGACCCUGAGAAGGCGUCCGGGUUGACGGCGAAGUGCAUCGAGAUCCGUCGCCUCACAGACUCGGAGGGCGAGGCGACCUGGAUGCCCUUUACGACGGAGGGCCUCCUGACCUGGGUGGAAUACCGCGUCACGGUGUGCAGCCUCGAUCGCCCAGACGACACGCCGCAGUGGGAGAAGAUGGGCAUCGUGGCUGGUGUGGUGCAGAUCCGGGACAAGGUGGACCAGGUCACCAUGCCCCUUCGAGGGCUCUUGCCAAACCAGUGGUAUUGUAUCCAGGUGGAUGCUCGCUAUCCCUACGUGGGCAAGCGGGCCUUCUCAGACCGCAAGGCGCUCUCCCCGCCCUUCCUGACGCCGUUCCCCUCACGGCCCCCGUUGCAGCCCAUCCCCGUGCGAAUGGAGCUGGACGAGGAGCUGGAGGAGCUUCCGCCGGAAGAGGAGGGGGAGGACUUUCGCUGGGCUUUGCGGCCCUGGGUCUCCUUGCGAGUGGAGAAGGGCUUUCUUCCAGAGAAGUACGUGCUCCAGUACAAGGAAGCGGUUGGUGGAGGAGAGGAACUGGGCAAGGAGCACUUUGAAGGCUGGCAAGAGCCAGUAGUGGUGGAGCGCUUCAGCAAAGACAAGCGGAACACCGACCAAUGGGACAUCGUCCGUGUGGGCCUCCCAUCAGGUGCGCCCGAGGUGGUCCUGCUCCGCUUGAUGACCUUGUCGCCCAAGACAGCUGCGCCCUUGCAGUGGAGCAGUGCGUCACCCCCUGUGGUGAGCUCCGUCGCCGUGCCACGGCUGGCCGACCUGGGCGCCGGCACGGUGAUGCGGCUCAUGCCCACAUCCUUGGGCUUCCGGCUCUUCCUGCGCUUCUUCCUGCAACCGGGCGCCAUCUCAAGGGAGGGCCACUUGCCUCUCAUUCUACAGCGUGCGGCCACGCCCAACGAAUCGGUCGGCCAUCGCUAUGUGACUCAGUACCAGCUGCGAGUUCGGAUGAAGGGGGAGACUCAAAAGGAGCUGCCAGUGGGAGUGCGAGGCCCCCGACGCUACAUUGAGUUGCCCCCCAGUUCUCUUCCGACGCCCUGCACAGCGCCCGGCGAGGUGACUGACAUGGGCGAGCCGGAGACCACCGAGGAGGCCUUAGUCGCCGGGCUGCUGGGGCACUUCGGCACGAGGUAUGAGCUCAUGGUUGACUUGGAGGAGAAGCUUUGGGAGGUCCUGAUGGGACACGAGCUUUUGGAGGCCUCCAUGCGAGUUGGCACAGAGCAUCGCUGGUCUUGUUGGACACCAUGGUCAGGGGCACAGGGCCUUCAACUCCCCUUGCCGACCCCGCUCAAGACGAGCAGCGCCAGUGCCGAAGCUCUGGGCCCCACGGCCAUCCGAGUGAGCUGGGCGCCCUUCGACCGCGCCCCGGGGGUGACCAGCUUGGAGUAUGUGAUCCAAGCGGAACCCCUUCUGGGUGAGGAUGGAACCUCUGGCUCCAGCUCACCUGCUGAGACGGUGAUUUGCUUUCAGCACGAGCCCCGGAAGCACGAUGGCCAGCUCGUGGUCACACCACAGUUCCAGCGGCUCUUGGAUCCCAAAGAGAUGUCCGGCCUGGGCCGACUCGUCAGUGCCUUUCAGGACAUCCGGGACCUAGAGGGGGCCGACGAAAAAGACACCAAACUGCAGGUAGAGGUGUCAGGUCUCUUGCCCUGGACCAGUUACCUGGUCUCGGUCUCUGCCCGCUACCCGGCAGGGGCAGGCCUCUACCCACGGAGCCAGCUCGAAGGCAAGUCAGGCGGCUUGGGCUUGCUGGUGGGCCCCAAACUCACCACGCAGGUGGAGACACCUGGAGGGCCCAACACUCCAACGCCUCCACGACAGGUGGGCUGGAAUGAUUUCGCGCACGACCUGGGAGAGGAUGCGAGCUUCCAACCCAACAUGCGUGCCAUCCUGCUGAGCAUCGAGGACCGCAGGGACUAUGUUUUGGAGUACAGAGCCUGCUCACCCUUCUGGGCGCACUACGACCCACAGGUGGGGGCAGCCCUCAAGGAGUUCCAAGGCAGUUGGCCACGGCAAAAGCUCGAGGAGGGCGCAUGGAAGCGGGUCCCCACGGUGAAACGCUUGGGCAAAGGUUUUGGAGAGGCCUACAAACCUCAGAACACGGCGGUAUCGGAAGAGGCACGUUUUGACGAAACCGGCGGCCAGAAAGGGAAGGGCUGGAUGGUGGAUUUGAAGGUUUUAUUGGAGGUCAUGAGUUUUUGGUUGUGCAGGGCUUUGGUGCCAGUUGCCCAUCUUUGCUGGCGGUUGGCCGUUGGCCUGAUUGAGAGAUAUGUCUUGCGAAUGGUGGGAAUGGGUCAACAGGGGGGGUUUAUGUUGGAUGCACCUGGAGCAGCCGACGACUGGGAUUUUUCACCUCAUGAAACCUGA